GGGCCCUGAGUCAGGCACUAGCACACCUGCCCGGCCUCUCCCAGCAGCUUAAAGUGCGAGGAGCUGCCUCGCGGAUGCUCCUGUCCCCAUCCUCCCGCCACGUUUCGUGCCUGGCUUGAGCGCGGCGAAGACCACAAUGGGGGCGUUUUACAGUAGGAGCCAGACAGAACCCUCUCCAUGCAACUUGCUCACUGUAAAAAUCAUACAGAUGAAAAAUGCCAGGAAAGCAGACUUGUUUACCCAGUCCGAUUGCUAUGUGAGCUUGAGCCUGCCGACAGCUUCAGUCCAGCAUUUCCGCACCAAGACAAUUCAUAACAGCAAGAACCCGACCUGGAACGAAACCUUCCACUUCACCAUUCAGAGCCAGGUUAAGAACAUUCUGGAGCUGAAAGUCUGUGAUGAAGACAAUGUAACUCAAGAUGACCAUCUCCUUACUGUUUUCUUUGAUGUCUCCAAAAUCCAGCUUGGAGAAAACAUUCAGAUAUGUUUUCAGCUGAAUCCACAGGGAGAAGAGGAGCUGGAGGUUGAAUUCACAAUGGAGAGCAGUCCGGAUCCUCCUGAAAACAUUGCUACUAAUGGAGUUUUAGUGUCCCGUGAGGUCUCCUGUCUGGAAGUGCAGGUGAACGGCGGGAGGCUGCGGAAGGAGCAUCCAGAAAGAAAAUUUGCGUUAACUGUGGAUGGGUCCUACGAAGGAACGCAGACCCAUACUCUGAGCUCCUGCCUUUUUCCUGCUUCUCCUGCCACAUUCCACUAUAUCAAGUAUAAUCAGUCAGCACUAAAUGUGGCACUGCCGCAGCGGAGACAGCUCAGCAGGUCUAUAUCAAGUCAAAAUGAAAGAGAUAUGAAUGAAUCUGUGACUCUAGCUCUGACCUCGCUUCCUAUACAAGAGAAAAUAGCAAUAGCAGAGGACAGGACAUUUGACUUGUACGCAAAGGCAAAUGAAUGGACUCAGGGUCUGCUUUUCAGGCCAAGAAAUCUAGACGCCCGCCUGGGGUUUGACCUGUGCGCUGAUGAGCAGAAUUUUCUGCAAAACCGGAAGAAGGUGGUUGCUGCUGCGCUGAAGAAUGUCCUUCACCUGGAGGAAGACCUGCAAGAGCACGAGGUGCCUAUAGUGGCUGUGACAACAGCAGGAUGUGGGAUAAGAGCACUCACUGCCAUGUAUGGCAGCAUUUUGGGUCUUCAAAAGUUGCAUGUUCUGGACUGUGUUUCAUACAUCAGUGGCUCAUCUGGCACAACAUGGACCAUGACAAAAUUGUAUGAAGAUGCUGAUUGGUCACGUAAAGAUCUUGGAGAAAUAAUUACUGAAGCUCGGAAGCAAGCAGCCAAAUGCAAGAUGGAUGCUUUUUGCUUGAGAAGUCUGAGGAACUAUUACAAAGAGCUGAGCCAAAGGACCCAAGCAGGACACAAGACAUCUUUCAUUGAUCUGUGGGGACUUAUGAUUGAAUCCAUGUUAAAUGAUGGGAAAUGCCACCACAGACUUUCUGAUCAACGACAGGCAGUGAAUCAGGGUCAGAACCCGCUGCCAAUCUACCUUGCUCUCAACGUCAAGGACAAAGUUACUACCAAAGAUUUUAGAGAGUGGGUGGAGUUCACCCCGUAUGAGGUGGGCUUCCUGAAAUACGGCACCUUCAUUCGGGCAGAGGAUUUUGGCAGCGAGUUCUUCAUGGGUCGCCUGAUGAAGAAGCUCCCCGAAUCCCGAAUCUGCUUCAUGCAAGGAAUGUGGAGUAGUAUCUUCUCCAAAAACCUCUUGGAUGCCUGGCAUGCAGCUGACAAUUCAGAGGAUUUCUGGCACAGAUGGACACAAAACAAAGUGACUGAAAUAGAGGAACAACCAGACUUGCCUGAGAGACCAUACGAGAUGGCAACGUACAUGUACACUCCUGCAAGCGGCCUUUCCACAGCUCUCCGGGAUAUUCUAACGGAUCGCCCUGCUGUGUCGAAAUAUCACAAUUUCCUGAAGGGCUUCCAGAUGCACAAUGAAUACAUCCAGCAUGAGCAUUUCUCUAAAUGGAAAGACACCUUGCUAGACACCUCCCCUAAUGACCUGAGAGGCAACUCAGAGCACUUGGAGUUGGUAGAUGCCGCUUUCUUCUUUGAAACCAGCUGCCCACCACUUGUGAGACCGGAGAGGAAAGUGGAUGUCAUCUUACACUUAAAUUACACCAGUGGAUCGCAAACUUUGCCUCUGGAACAGGCUUGUAGAUACUUCUCCGAGCAGGGAUUUCCAUUUCCCAAAGUUGUGCUGCAGGAAGAUGAGAAGAAGAAUCUAAAGGAGUGCUACGUGUUUGAUGAUGCAGAGACCCCAGGAGCUCCUAUACUGCUUUAUUUCCCAUUGGUGAAUGACACCUUCCAAAGAUUUAUAGCACCUGGCAUGUCACGUAGCACUGCGGAGAUGGACCUGGGCAAGGUUGAUAUCUCCAGUUUCUGCUCUCCGUACUCGACUCGGGAGGUCUCGCUGAAAGCAGAAGAUUUCAACAAGCUCCUGAAGCUGACUAAUUACAACAUCAUGAAUAAUGAGAACAUGAUUCUUCAGGCCUUGCGCACAGCAGUGGCGCGGAAGAAACAAGCUCAGAGCCAGCCAGUGUCACAAGCACAGUCCUCUGCUUGAAGAGCAUUUUUCUCCCUCUUACCAAGUGUUUAUCAUGACAGGCCAGAAUGAUAUAUCAAAUGCGUUAGCUACUUAACUGUUCUUGGUGGGUACCAUCUCUUUCUAUCAAAGUAGCCUUCCAAUGAAGACAGCUUGAAGAAUUCACCUUAAAGUUGUAUGAUUCAGUUUAGUGAGCAGUUGCUUUUUGAUCAGUAAUUGCAAUAUCAAAUGGACUCGUCUAUGUUGUUAACCACAUCUCACUGUGAUGCACAAAAUGCAAAUAUUCAGCUGUGUGUGAUAAGAAAAUAGUUUUGUCUCCCUCCCUGCAAUCUCUUACGGUCUUGGUGGCUACUAUUUUUUCAUCUGCAAAAUACUGUGUCAUUUUGCUGGGACCCUUGGUAGCAAAUCCAUGAAGCCCUCUUCAGAUGCAGAACGUGGCGACCAUACAGUAUCAAUCAAAAUAAUUUUAUUUGGUUUUAAUAACCUGAAUUAAAUGAUGUUCUAUCUUUAAAAAAGUUCUGUUUCCCAGGUGCUUUUUUGUCAUGAACUGCCAUGUCCUAUCAAGGAUAUUGAAUAUUUCAGACUUUUGUCAUGCUGGAUGACAGGGAUGUAUGGAUGGUGCACUUUUGUUCUUCAGUGACAUCUAUUCUUAUUAAUUACAUUAAACAUAUAUAUUUGUUUUAAA